AUGCGAUCGGCCCAGCCCAGCAUAGAUGACCUAAUCCAGGAAUUCGAUUCGCUUAAGGGCGGGGUUGAUCUCUUGCAAAACGACUUCGAAGACAGGAUACCCAAAGCAUUGCACGACAUGUUUUCAGGAAUCGUCGUCAAGUGCACUGAUGUCGCCUCGGGCAUUGACGAGCUGUUUGCGAAGUACAACCUUCCCCUGGCCACCAAAAAAAUCCAGUGGGCGGCUUCUGGUAAAGACGAACUUGAGAAGCUGAAAGUCGAACUGAAAGCGAAUAGCGAUGCUUUGGUUAUAGUAAUGGAUGUGGUGAAUCUGGUCAUCAACAAGGACGUCAAGCAUGAUACAGAAAUCCUCAAAAAGGGUCAACAGCAUAUUCUGCAGGAAAUAGAGCAGCUGAAGCAGCGACUGCCGCCACCUAGUCCGUACACCGCCCACCCGGCCAACAUUCCGCUUCAGCAACAUCUGGAUGACAUAUCGAGCUACGCGGGAAGUGUGAUUGUGUCUACACCGAUCAACACGAACGAGCUACGCCAGCGUUUUGCUCAAGCCCGACCUACACCUGAACUUGCGCGGCCACCUAUGGGUCAAACAGCAGUAAGGGGUCCAGAACAGAGUCGCAGGCCGGCCGCCUUACUACCAGUUCCCCCAAUAUCUGUCUCAUCAACAGGGCUGAACGCUGCCGAGCGACACGGGAUCGCCAGUCAAAUGUUGCCUGAAAGUCAAGGCGCAGCCCGUGCGACACAGCACAACGUAUUUGCAACAGAAGAUAUGCCGCCAAGUUCCAGACAUGACGGCUCGGGCGAAUCUGAUCUGGCGCGUGGGACGGACCGCACACACUCGAUCACAAGGACUCUAUCUUGGGGAUCUGGACCUCCAUCGAAGACCCACAAGAGACGUCUGCUGGGGAGGAUCCUUGAUAGAUUCAAGAAGAACAAAAGGUGGCCACUCAGGGGGGCACGGAUCCCCGGACAUGCUCGUCUCGGACUCAUCAGAGAGACCCUCUUUCACUAG